CCCGUGAGUGAAUGUUCCCCGUUCGCCGUAGUGAGGCUGUCCCGCGCUCCUGCUUUUGCGGUCACACCCAUCCGAGUCAGUCUCGGCUGGCCAGUGACAGUCAUCUUUUGGGCAGUGCUUACGCCAUGCCUCGCCGACAGAGAAAAUGGGAGGUGUUUCCCGGCAAAAAUCAGUUCCUGUGCGGCGGCCGCAUUAUCAUGGCCCGCCAAGCCGGCAUUUUCUACCUCACCGUUUUUCUGAUCGUGGUGACGGCCAGUUUGUUCUUCGUGUUCGACUGCCCGUACUUGACCGUUAAAAUCAGCCCGCUUGUGCCCGUGGUGGGUGCCAUUCUGUUCAUCUUUACCCUAUCUAAUCUCUUCAUGACGAGUUUCUCCGAUCCAGGAAUUAUUCCACGAGCCACACGUGAAGAGGCUUGGGACACGGAGCGUCAGAUUGAGAUCCAACCCAACGGGAAUGGAACGGCUUACCGACCUCCGCCUCGGACGCGAGAAACAAUUGUGAAUAAUCAGACUGUCAAAUUGAAGUACUGCUUCUCGUGCAAGAUAUUUCGGCCUCCGCGGGCCUCGCAUUGCUCGAUCUGUGACAACUGCGUGGAGCGCUUUGACCACCACUGCCCAUGGGUGGGCAAUUGUGUGGGUAAACGCAACUAUCGCUACUUCUAUUUGUUCCUGGUCUCUUUGGCGUUCCUCUGCAUUUUCCUCUUCGGCUGUGCCGUGUCCCAUUUGGUUCUCUUGGCCAAAGAAGAGGACACCUACGCCAAAAAGGGUACCUUCAUUCAAGCUAUCCGGGACUCCCCGUCGAGUAUUGUGGUUGUCGUGAUUUGCUUCUUCUCCGUGUGGAGCAUCAUCGGUCUGGCCGGAUUCCACACCUACCUCACCUCCACCAAUCUGACCACCAACGAGGACAUCAAGGGCGCUUACUCGAGCAAGCGCAAUCACGACAACUUCAAUCCAUUCAGUCGCGGCGGAUUGGUGCAGAACUGCUUGGACGUGCUCUGCUCGCCCAUGAAUCCGAGUCUGAUCGACGCCACGGGCAUUGUCACCGAGCAGUAUCUCAUCUCGAACUCCCACGUUGAUGUGGAUAAUCAUCAGAACGCGCAACACUACGGAACGACCCUCCUUCACGGCGAGGGAUCCACUUAUCCACAACAACAGCAACCUUCGGCGGCCAGACCUUCACAUAAUGGGGUGUAUCAGCAACAACAUCCGGCCUCACUGCAGAAUUUAAAAUCCCCCGAUGAGGAUGAUGGUGAUGACAUGGAGCUCCCGCCCCCGCCUUCCAAUAUGGGACCGCCUCGACAUCAGAUCGAGAUUGACUUGCAGCAACGCACAAUGAUCGACUCGGCACUCGAUUUGGACAGUCUGGAUGGGGUCCCGGAUGACACUGGGAGCACGGUGGCGUCGGGAAGCCAAGUGGGACUGAUCAACAACGGCAGUGGAGAAUCGGAUCACCAUCGCUAUUCGCGACAUCAACGGGAGGCCGAGGGUACGGUCUAGCCCAGGCUGACAAGUGAGUGCGUACAAAUUGACCAAGACCAUGACGAUUCCAUUUGGACACCCGAGUGACCGGACGAGACCGCCUACCCCCAAGCAAUGGGGGGGGGAUGUCAGUUCGAGCAUGUGCAUUUAAGGAUUCGUUCAUUACGUGACAUUGUGCGCCAUCAUCCCUUGGAAACAGACUCAAAACGACCAAGUGCGGUGGUUACGUUUCAAAUGAGAAGAUGCUAGUGGUUGUUGGAAUUACUCGAGAACCGCUUUGAGUUCGCCUCCUACUUCUUUGCCUAAGAUUUUGCUUCAUCAUCUUGCAAUUCUUGAUUCAAUGUGAUCUAAAACGACUUCUUGAUAUUUACAAUAAAUGCCUUUUGCCUUAGGAGCGAAGGGUGUUGAUCGAGGCAA